GCGAGUGAACAGCGUCAGCAGGCGGCGGUGGGACUGGCAGGCUGGGCCUUGGGGUCUGCCUGGGCCAGGUUGAGGGGCCCACCAUGGAGUUGUGGCGCCAGUGUGCCCACUGGCUUAUCCAGUGCCGGGUGCUGCCCCUCAAUCACCGGGUGACGUGGGAGGGGGCCCAGGUCUGUGAGCUUGCUCAAGCCCUCCGUGAUGGCGUCCUCCUGUGUCAGCUGCUCAACAACCUACUGCCCCAUGCGGUCAACCUUCGAGAGAUCAACCUACGCCCCCAAAUGUCCCAGUUCCUUUGCCUCAAGAAUAUCCGAACCUUCCUGUCAGCCUGCUGUGAGAAGUUCGGCCUUCACAGAAGCCAGCUGUUUGAGGUCUUUGACCUUUUUGAUGUUCAGGACUUUGGGAAGGUUAUCUACACCUUGUCAGCUCUGUCAUGGACAACAAUUGCCCAGAACAAGGGGAUCAUGCCCUUUCCCACGAAUGAUGACAACCUUGGGGAUGACGACAUCUACAGUGGACUGUCGGAUCAGAUCGAUGACACCGUGGAGGAAGAUGAGGAGCUGUAUGACUGUGUGGAGAAUGAGGAGGAAGAGGGAGACGAGAUCUAUGAAGACCUCAUGCGGACAGAACCCACCCCCAUGCUGCCAAAGAUGACCGAGCUGGACAAGAGGAUGUGUUGUCUCCGGGAGAUCCAGCAGACGGAAGAGAAGUAUACGGACACCCUCAGCUCUAUCCAGCAGCACUUCCUGAAGCCCCUGCAGCGGUUCCUGAGAUCAGAAGACAUCGAGAUCAUCUUUAUCAACUUGGAGGACCUUCUCAGUGUCCAUAGCAGCUUCCUGAGGGACUUGAGGGAAGCACUUUCUGCCAGUGGUGCCCCAGACCUUUAUCAGGUGUUCAUCAACUAUAAGGAAAGGUUCCUUGUGUAUGGCCGUUACUGCAGCCAGGUGGAGUCAGCCAGCAAGCACCUGGACCGAGUGGCCAGCAUGCGGGAGGACGUACAGAUGAAGCUGGAGGAAUGUUCCCAGAGAGCGAACAAUGGGCGGUUCACUCUGAGAGAUCUGCUCAUGGUGCCCAUGCAGCGGGUGCUAAAGUACCAUCUCCUCCUUCAGGAGCUGGUAAAGCAUACAACGGAUGCCACAGAGAAGGAGAAUAUGCGGCUGGCACUGGAUGCCAUGAGGGAUUUGGCCCAGUGUGUGAAUGAGGUCAAGAGAGACAAUGAGACGUUGAAGCAGAUCACCAACUUCCAGCUCUCCAUUGAGAACUUGACCAAGAACCUUGCACCCUAUGGACGGCCCAAGAUUGACGGGGAGCUCAAGAUCACCACGUCUGAGAGAAGAUCCAAGAUAGACAGGUACGCUUUCCUCCUGGACAAAGCCCUGCUCAUCUGUAAAAGGCGAGGAGACAUCUAUGACCUAAAGGACUUUGUGAACCUGCCCAGCUACCAGGUCCGAGACGACUCCUCGGGGGAACGUGACAACAAGAAGUGGACCCACAUGUUUCUCCUGAUCGAGGACCAGGGCACCCAGGGCUAUGAGCUCUUCUUUAAGACAAGAGAACUGAAGAAGAAGUGGAUGGAGCAGUUUGAGAUGGCCCUUUCCAACAUUUACCCUGAGAAUGCCACUGCCAAUGGCCAUGACUUCCAGAUGUUCUCUUUUGAGGAGACAGCCUCCUGCAAAGCCUGCCAGAUGCUGCUGAGAGGCACCUUCUAUCAAGGAUACCGCUGCCACCGUUGCCGGGCACCUGCUCACAAGGAGUGUCUGGGGAGGGUGCCUCCCUGUGGCCGACAUAGCUCAGAUCAUGGGACUACCAUGAGAAAGCACAAGGCAAGCCGAUUGGCUCAGGACAAGAGGAAGAAUGAGCUGGGCUUGCCCAAGAUGGAGGUGUGCCAGGAGUACUAUGGUCUGCCCCCACCCCCUGUAGCCUUUGGCCCUUUCUUGAGGCUGAACCCAGGAGACAUUGUGGAGCUGACCAAGGCAGAGGCUGAGCAGAACUGGUGGCAGGGCAGAAACACAGCUACCAAUGAGACAGGCUGGUUUCCUUGCAAGAAAGUCAAGCCCUAUGUCCAUGGCCCGCCACAGGACCUGUCUGUCCAUCUCUGGUAUGCAGGCCCUAUGGAGCGUGCGGAGGCAGAGAGCAUCCUCACCAAUCGUUCUGACGGGACCUUCCUGGUGCGGCAGAGGGUGAAGGACAAUGCGGAGUUUGCCAUCAGUAUCAAGUUCAAUGUGGAAGUGAAGCAUAUUAAGAUCUUGACAGCUGAGGGGCUGUACCGUAUCACGGAGAAGAAGGCAUUCAGGGGGCUCGUGGAGCUGGUGGAGUUUUACCAGCAGAACUCCCUGAAAGAUUGCUUCAAGUCCCUUGACACGAUGCUGCAGUUCCCCUUCAAGGAGCCAGAGAGGAGAGCCAUUGCCAGACUCCCAGCUGCAGGGAGCGCCAGAUACUUUGGGUCGGCCAAAGCCCGCUACGACUUCUGUGCCCGGGACCGCACGGAACUGUCCCUCAAGGAGGGUGACAUCAUUAAGAUUAUCAGCAAGAAGGGACAUCAGGGCUGGUGGCGAGGGGAGAUCUAUGGCCGGAUCGGCUGGUUUCCAUCCAACUAUGUGGAGGAAGACUAUUCUGAGUACUGCUGAGACUGGGAACCUGGUUUACACCAAGCUGAUGCACUGCCUGAAGCAGGGACCACUGAGACCAGCCUGAGGGGGACCACUUGGGGUCCCUAGGAGGGCUAUCAUCGGGACUCAGGCCCAGGCCCCGGGAUCAUUAAUUUAUGGAACUCCGGUUUCCUCCUCGAUUGAAGGAGGCCAAUUUAAAUAAAGAUAUAAAAGAAGAGGAUGGGGGGUGGUCUGUCCUGGGGAUGGGGGGGCUCCUUGCCCACAAGGAGCCUGACAGCCCAGCUCUGAGGGGGCAAGAAAGAAAAAAGGGAGCUUCAGUGUUGGUGAGGGGGUGAGAGGAGUGAUGAGCCGGCAUUGAGUCCUGCCUGGCAGAGGCUAGGUGGCCCCCAGGUUGGAGUGGGGGCUGCCCUAUCUCUCUGUCAGCCUUACCACUUCCUGCUCCACGCUAUCAUUCCUCCCUCCCCCCAUCACCACAUGUGGGUGCCUACACACAUACUCUUGCUCACACUCACACACAUACACACACACACACACACACAUCCCCACUGGUAGUCACAGUCACAUGUUGACAUAGACACACAAAAUCCCAGACAUGCAGAGAUAUGUUCAGACAUACAGAAUCACAUGUGUAACAUAUCUACCAAUAAAGACUUUACGUAAGUUGCUUCCCUUC